UAAUUAGUGAAAACUGGUGAUUCAUAUGAAGGGAUGUCUGUCCCACUGGUGUCUGAGUUGUUCACCAAUUGGAUCAACUCAUCGGAAAUCACAUUAGCAGAGCAAGUGGGCAACGGUUCGUAUGGUGUUGUCCAUAAAGGACUGUUUAGGGGACAGGAGGUGGCGGUAAAAAAGAUAAAGCCUGAACACAACCUGUCCUUCGAGACUGAACUGAAACAACUGUCCCGUGUGUCGGCUCACCCUAAUAUAGUCAACCUAUUGGGUGCCGUAAGAGACAAUGGCUUCUUGUCUCUGGUUAUGGAGUUUGCCAGAGGGGGCAGUCUGUAUGAAGUUUUACAUUCCGAAGUACCGGUGCUGUACAGCCUGACCGAUGCUAUUUCAUGGGCGCAUCAGUGUGCUACUGGUGUCGCAUACCUGCACUCAAUGCGACCCAAAGCUAUAGUGCAUAGAGACCUCAAGUCUCCAAAUCUACUUCUAGUAAACGGUCGAGUGAUAAAAAUAUGUGACUUCGGAACGGCAUGUGAUAAACGCACCAUUAUGACCAUUAAUACCGGAUCGGCCCGAUGGAUGGCGCCAGAAGUGUUUGAGAGUUGCAAAUACACGGAAAAGUGUGACGUCUAUAGUUGGGCCAUAAUUUUGUGGGAAGUGUUGGCCCGACAAGUGCCGUAUGAAUGGUUAGAGGCCAAUGACCAGUGUAUACUAUGGGCUGUACAUACCGGUAAACGACCCCCACUUAUGUACAACUGUCCCGAAGUCAUUGAAAUACUUAUGACAAAGUGUUGGUCUAAGGACCCGGCUAUUAGACCAUCGAUGCACGAUGUAGUGGUCCGGAUGGGAAAGGUAGUCAAGGGAAUGACACAUUCAAAUGAUAUCAAUAAGUGGUGUCUUAUAUCGUACUCUCGAGGCGUGAACUCCUCCGCCAACAGCAGAUCCGACGAUAAUAUAUCUGAUCUUAAGGACACUUCUUGA